GUGGGCUUUCAGCAGGUCCUAGUUUGCAGGUUCCUGUACAGACAGUGUUCAUCCAACCUCCGUCGCAGGUUGCAGUUCAACAUUGUUCCCAUGGAUAAUGGUCGAGCUUUGAUGCCUUCGUUCCCGAUUGGGAGGAUCCUUAAUCCAGCGUACAUAUCUGAUUGGAUUCCUCCUCCUGGGGCGGGCAGCAAUGCCAGAUUGCCUUCCAGCCUGUUUGACGAUGACUCCAGUUUCCCGGUGUCUCAACGGGACUUACUGCGGGUGUUGAGAGGCCUACGAGUCGAAAACAAAGCGCCGAAGAAACAAAUCCGUAGGCAACAAUCCAUCCAUGAGGCUGACAUGAAUGCACUGAGGGCAUUGUUGAUUGUCAGGGAGAACAUUACAGUUAACCAUGUGAACCCUGUAGAUGGGCAUGUCCGCGUUCCGUUCGACGAGAACGUCAGUGUGCAGCGCUUAGAUGAGGAGUUCAUUGGGAUUCUUCUCGCAGCGGCUGCUAUUGCUGAGCACGAAAAAUAUAUCCUUCGCUCUGAAAUUUCGUGGUUAGAGAGGAGGAUAGAUGUUCACAGUGACCUCGCUACCAUUGCGGCACCUUUGUUUUAUAUCGUCGCCGCAAAUGUGCUUCAUGAAAUGUCCCGUGAUAUGUACUCGGCUUUGGUUAUGAACCUUCAGUGGGUAGGGCGCGAGCUUCUUAGGCGUGUUCAGCAUGCGCAGAGCAGAGCAGCGUUGCAGUUUGCUGUCGCGAACAACGAGCUCCUUCCGUUGGUCCGGACUUUGAAUCUGAGCCUGCAAAUGAAAGACGCUGAGCUCGCGCAACUGCGUGAUAGGGGCCUCUUGCCAGUGCCUGGGAAUAGGCAUGCCGAUUUUGAAUUGGAUUUGAGGCGGUCCCAGACUCGUGAGCUAUUAAUGCUCCGCGAGUUGUUUUGUGGCAUUUUGGAAAACCGUGUACCGGUUGGUGAGACCAGAACAGUUGUUGUUUUGCGUGAUCAGAUCCAAUCACUUUCUGUCUGCAAUGCUGACUUGGAAAGUAGAAUGACAAAGCUCACUGUUGCGCUGGCUUUGCGCAUUGACAGACGCCCUGUCCGGGUGCCAAAGCCAUUGCCCUACUGUCCCCCGGACAUCCUCCUCCAUGUUGCGUUUGAUGGACGGGUCAUGGCCAUGUGUAUGAGGGAUAGGCUGAGGGUCAUACAGAGUGCCACGGAAGUCGGCAUGUUGCUUACUGUCGAGGCUGAUCGGAUCGAUAUGUUAGGGUUGGAUCCUGACUCUCCAACUUCGGUUCAUGAACGCUUUGACAGCCGUUUCGAGCCUCCCUCGUACGAUGAACUCGAGAAUGAGAUCAGGGAUCGACUCAAUUUCCGAGCUGAGGUGCAAGCGGAGCUGAAGUUCGCUGUCACGGAGCCUCAGGCUUUGUCUACAAUCGAGGUGUUGUACGGUCUGUUGAUGGCUAAGAGGAGAGAGUUUGCGCAAUUCAUUACUGCCACUUCCGUCCAGCAAACUGCUACUGCUGCCGCUACGUAUGACAUAAUUGUCCAGCAGGCUUCUGAUCUUCAGAGGUUGAGGUUCACGCUUGGUAGGUUGCUGCUGGCUGCUGCGGACGGGGAUGCGAGACACCCUGUCAAUACCAUUGUGCCUGAGAUGUUACUAUUGCAGAAGAGCCAUAAAAAAUUGCAGAUUGAGUAUGCAGCUUUGCAAGUUCACCUUGCCUCCCAGACAACCAGCGCCUGUCCUUUUUGCGGCUACACGCUCUUUCAAUCUGCUGCAGGUACGUCUUCCUCCACAGUUGGGCCGAGUGUCCCCCCGGAACCAUUCGAGAAGGCCAAUGAUGCGCCACGGGAGGAUGAGAUGCUCAUCAGUCAGCUGCAGAUUGCAGAGGUUGACAUGUUUCGUCAUCAUCUGCUCGACAAUGCAUCCCUUUUGAGGGAGCUAGAUGACAAACGUCACUUUUAUUUUGAUGACUUCGGCUCCCAGCUUAUGCUCAUUGACAGACAGGAGGAUAUUGACAUUCUGGUUUCCGUGGUCCACAUCGGUCCCGGGGAUAACGAUUACGAUUGCCAUGUCGUGCCUCCGGAGUAGACUCCUCUGUAUUGUUUGUUGCUGCUGUUUGUUUUCCGUGUGACUACAGCGUGUGGGUUGAGACAGUGGCCGCCGUGUUUGCUGCUGACGUUUCUUUUCCGUGUGCCAUUAGCCUGUCCGUUGAGACAGAAACCGUCAGCUGAUUUUUGUGAUGCUUGGAUUGUAAAGUCCCUGUCAAGGUCGAGAGCCUGCCUGGCCAGUCUGGGGUUCAGCUGCGUUCCUUUUUGCCCCGAAACUCGUCAUGCUGUGUUUCCCGGUGGCUGUACAUGACGAGGCUUUAGUGUU